UUUCAUAUGGUCAUCGGUUGUUUUUGAUUCCUUCUCGCCUCUUCCGACUACGAGACAACGACGAAACCUGUGAACCCGAACAACGYCUUUUAAGUUCGUACUCAGACCCCCAGGCCCUCUGAAAGCCUUACACAUGCAAGGUUUGCCGGAUGCCAUCGAUGGGACGAUGGCCCCGCCGCCSUCGCCGGAGCCCAUGAAGGUAUACCUUAGGCUUCGACCAAGGAACAAAUUGGAGACCAUGAAACGAGGGAAAGACUGCAUCGAACUACACGAGGAUCCAAAGCGGAUAACAGUAGACUCCCCGCGAUUGGGUGAGCACGAGUUCUCCUUCGACCAGGUCUUUGAUGAAUUUUCGAGUCAGGAGGAAGUCUAUCGAGAGAGCRUCUCUGCGAUCCCCCCCAGGCUCGUCCGGGGUGUCAACACAACAAUUCUUGCGUACGGACAGAGCGGGAGCGGCAAGACCCACACCUUGCUUGGGGAAGGGCUGGGCGUCGAACUGAAUACCCUGGCUGCCGGACCUCAAUCCACCGAGUAUGGAUCAACGACGCGUGACCCAAGGGAGCGCACAAGMAACUCUUCCAUGACGGAAGAUCAAUACGGUAUGACAACUGCAAACCAUCUCCACAGGAAAAAGCUAGAUCCGAAACAGCAUCCGAACGUGACGGCGGGAAUGAUCCCACGAGCGRUCGCCCACAUCUUCGAUCUCCUUUACGAGUCUACCUCKAGCGAUAGCUCGGUGGAAUUUACGAUAAGGUGUUCGUACGUUGAGAUCUAUUUAGACAGAAUUACGGAUCUUCURCAGCCGGCACGCSAGGAAAACGCGAUCCGGGUGGGCCGGACGAGCUACGGUGGGUCGGAAGACGAAGCCUGCAUCGUGGGAGCAACCGAGCUCUGCUGUGUGUGUCCCGAGGACGUUUACGCCGUCCUCGCCAGGGGACAGGCGCUGAGAACAAAGGCGGCAAACGACGCAAGCGUCGAUUCGAGCCGAUCGCACGCCAUCUUUACGCUUCRCCUGGAAAAAACUGACAAGGCCACGGGCRAACURAGUCGGAGCCGGAUGCAAGUCUUUGAUUUGGCGGGCAGCCAGGGCACACCRAACCCGAAGGCAGCAGCGACCAGUGAUUCGGCAACCGAUGCAGAACGGAGCAUGGUGAAUGCGUCGCUGGCAAGCAUACAUCGGAUUGUCCGGACGACCCUCAAGCACCAAAAACACCAACGGAAUAUGGGGCAAGUCUCCUAUUCCCAACCRUCCGUAUCGUUUCCUUUGUCGAAAGUAGCAAAAAUCCUACAGCCUUCCAUCGGGGGAAAUACAUAUACCACCAUGAUUUGCACAGGAUCACCUUCAAGUUACAGCAUCGAUGAAACUAUACAAACAAUAUCCUUUGCUCAGAUGAUGCAAAAAAUCUACAACAUGCCUCGGGGAGCGUUUCAGGGGUAUACUCUCCAAGGRUACCAGAUGCAACUCUCCCUGACUCAACAACGCCAGCAUCAAAUGUCGAAAUUCAUACGCCUCCUUGCACAAGAAUGCAAACACGGAAAGAAAAAAUCAAGAGAGCCAAAGAAUCAAAAAGUAUGGGAUGCGGUUUUGCAAAUAGUGGAAGCCGACAAAGCGAGAAAGGAGAAGAUGGCAAACGCCAGUGGCAACGAGAUUGCUGCCGACUACGAUGGUUUGUGCAUCUCGGUAUUCGAAGAAGGGGAGAAGGAAAAAGAAAUUCGGGAUCUACGUGCUAGAUUGGCCAGCGCCGAAAACAAACUCCGACAAGAAUGUGCCGCUCGAGAAAAAUUCGAGUCGGCCUAUAGGGACGCCACGUCUGAGCUGGUUGCUCUAAAAAGCCAACGGGAAUCGUUUGGAAAGCACAAGCGCAARCUUGAGGAGAAACUGUUGAUGGCUAAAGCGAAAAACRAAGAAAUGUCGGCGACCAAGACCGACCUCGAGCACAAACUGAGGACGAGUCAAUUCCGAGAGAACGAAUCCAUACUAUUUUUGCGGCAAUUUCGGACGUUUUACUUUCGUCUUUUGCGGAAUAAAGCAGCUCACGGGAGCGGAAACACGAGGGAAGUAAUGGAGGAAGCAAAAAAUAAGAUUCCUGGAACAGCUCCGGAUUUGGAAGAUCUUUUGGAUGUGGACAAAAUGAUGGUCAAAAGUGGAAUCAUCGAGAGCUCGGAAAUUGGUGCCGAUACGCCAACUUCCGAUUACAGCCCUUCGAAAAGUGCGCUUACGAAAAGUUCUCGAGAAGCGAAAGCAGCGGAAGAGCGAGAAAUGGCCUUGAUCGAGGACGAAAUGRCAGAAGAAUUUGGUCCAUCCAAGGGGUUGACACGUGGCCAGCUUAUAGCCUGCCGACAGAAAUUGCUAUUGUCACCUUCCGGUUUAUUAGCAAUCGAAAAGGAAAAGGAGGUAGAGAAAACACUUUUGCAACUCUCGGAAAAGUGCAUGGGUCUUCAGAAUUCUUUAAGCGCAGAAAAAUCGAUGGUUCAAGCACUUUCGGGUCGGCAAGGAGCAAUGACCAAAAUGAAGCAAAUUCAAGACA